AUGGAGGCGCGCAUUGAUUUUGACAUCAAUGAGGCGAUCAAGCUGUUCGACAGCGAUCCCUCGACGAUUCCAACGCCGGAAGCCUCUCGAGCAGUGCAAGAGUGCGAAGAUGACCCAGAAGCGCUGUCCUCGCUGUCUCUGAUUGACAGCGAACUGAACUCUGUGGUGGACGCAGUAGCGGAGAGCCCAGAUGCGAUCACUCGCGCUUCAGUCUUUGACACACUUCAGUUCCUCCUCAAGUGUGUUCCAGUCCGCCCCGUCUACUCAUGUAGAAGAUCGCAAGGUUAUGUCUCUAAUUCGAGUUUCCUAUCUAGGAAUUCGUCGCAAAUACCACCGACCGCGCUCGGCAAGAUCCUCGACCUUAUAGUAUCCGCACUUUCUACACAAGCCGAUGUCGUACACGCCGAUCUCGAAGCCGAAGACCAAGAUGCGAUUUCAUACCACAAAAACAUCUUGGAGAUGUACGCGUUCUUACUCAAAUGGACCAUAACCGCAGUCGAGACAAGAGCGCUGGAGAAGUCGGCCUCGGCGCCAGCAGCAAGAGGGAGAGGUAAGACGGGGAAAGCCAAGGGCAGUAGCAAGGACGGGACAUGGGAUGCAGCGGCGCAGCUCGAAACAGCGCUCGAUCGGGUGAGCAAAGUGUUGAAGCUGAAGCUGAGUCGCAUAUUCGUCACUACGUCAGAACGCGACACCUUCAUUAGCCUCUUCACUAAGCCCGUGUACCACAUCUUGGAGAACGAAGCCAGAGUCAAGAACAACGCCAUCCGUAAUCACUGCUUCAGGGUGCUCUGCAUCGCUGUCAAGCACCAUGGUCACGCAUACACCGCACAGACAUCGAUCAACCAAUGUCUCACGUACUUCGAGCAUCUCUCGGAGCCCAUGGCCGAGUUCCUCCACACCCUCGCCGAUGCCUACGACUAUUCACAAUUGGCUGAGGAUGUAUUGAAAGAUAUCAGUACCAGGGAGUACAGCGCUACAGAUUUGAAGGGUCCGAAGUCUGUCUCGACGUUCCUGAUCAAGAUCUCUGAGCUGCUGCCAAAUCUCAUCAUCAAGCAAGGUGCCCUGCUCAACAAUCUGCUGGAUAGCGAGGCUUACACGUUGCGAUGCGCUAUGAUUGAAGUGUGCGGCAAUCUGAUCAAUAUGCUGAGCAAGCUGAGCCAGGACGAUCGCAGCGAAGCUCACAAGAGAAAUAUCGACAUCUUCUUCGACGUGCUUGAGCAGCGUUUCUUGGAUAUCAACCCGUACUGUCGUUGCAGAGUCAUGCAAGUCUACGUCAAGCUCUGUGAUCUGCCACAUUUGAGCUCGAAGCAAGGGCGCAAGCGUCGUCAGAUGGCUGCAGACUAUGCUGAACAAAGCCUCAAAGACAAGAGUAGCAACGUACGACGAAAUGCGAUCAAGCUCCUUUCGAAACUCGUCGAAACACACCCCUUCUCGGCCAUGUACGGCGGUCUUUUGUCAACAGAGCCUUGGGAGCAGGGACUGGAGAGUAUUGAGCAAAGUAUUGCAGCGCUGAAGCCUGCUGAGAAAGAGCUCCAAGAGCAUGCGCCUGGAGAAGUCGACGAGUCGAUGCUUCUUGAUGCAACCCAAGCAGAUGCUGCUGCCCCACAAAAUUCAGAAGAGCUUCAGGCUGCGGUAGAAAAGAGGGAGCAAGAGAAGGCGCAGGACGCUGCAAAGAUUCAGGAGCUGGAGAAGUUCAACAAGCUACGCUCGUUUGUACGAUCAGCUCUGAGAUUCAUCGAAGUGGUCAACGAUGCAGCCGAGCAGGUGAUGCAGCUGCUUUCCUCGAAGAACAAGAGCGAGGUCAUUGAGGCGAUGGACUUCUUCACCACAAUCGAUGCAUACAAGAUCGCAAACGCUAGACUCGGCAUCAAACGAAUGCUUCGACUCAUCUGGACCAAGGGCAACAGCGACGAAGGCAAGGGCGUCCAGGCACAUCUUAUCGACUGCUACAAGGGCUUGUUCUUCAAUGCACCUCCCGGGUGCGAUGACAAUCAAGCUGCCAACUAUAUCACACGCGGUAUGAUUAGUCUGACGUUCGAUACAACACCCGCCGACCUCAUCUCCCUCGAACAGCUUCUCAGCACGAUGAUGAAGCAAGGAGCAGUCAAUAACCUGGUCAUCGAGAAGCUUUGGGGAAUCUAUGGCUACCAGAAGAAGGAUAUUUCCAUGCGACAGCGCCGAGGAGCCAUCAUCGUUUUGGGCAUGCUGGCGCUUUCUUCGCCUGAGAUCAUUGUGAAUGAGAUGGAGACUUGUCUGAAGAUUGGCCUGGGCAAGCUUGGUCAUCGCGACUUUGGGCUUGCUCGAUACACCUGUGUUGCUCUUCGCCGAAUCAGCGCAGCCUCCGGGAAGCAACAGGCUGGAACAGCCCCGGCCCCAUCGGUCAAGCUACCCAAUGAUCACGCAGUGUUGGUCAGACUUGGUGCCAUGUGCGAGCUCGAGUCUGACAGCAAAGAAUGGUUUGGCGUGGCGGAGCAAGCGAUCAGUGCUAUUUACGUAUUGUCGAAACACCCAGACGUGCUCUGUUCGGAAACCAUCAGGCAGGUGACGAAGAGAGUGUUCGCCGCGAAAGCAUCUUCUCGUCCAACAUCAAGCUCAGGUUUGAAGGACGAGGACCCGGACCGCAUGGACGUGGAUGAAGACGAGGAGAUGCCCGAUGCUGAUGCAGUCGAUUCAUCGAUUCCGAAGAAGCAGCAGAACUCUGCUCUAGCACUGUCGCAGCUCCUCUUCAUUGUCGGGCACGUUGCCAUCAAGCAAAUCGUCCACCUUGAGCUUUGCGAGCUGGAGUUUAAGCGUAGAAAGGCCGAAAGAGAAAAAGACAAGAAGGCAGCGCCUCGAAAGUCUCUCGUACCAGAGCCGACGCCAAUGAAGAAAGGCCGGAAGAGAGGCGCAGCGAAGGACCCAACGCCUGCACCUGAGGCUGAUACAGAUGAUCUCGAUCUCAUGGCGGGUACCAACGAAGACGACUUUACAGAUGCCAUUACUCAUGUUCGAGAGCGUGAGCUGCUGUUCGGUCCACAGUCCGUCCUCGCCAACUUUGGCCCCUUGGUGUCAGAUAUCUGCGCCAAUAACACCUCGUACAACCACCCAACCUUGCAGGCCCAGGCUGCGCUUUGCCUGGGCAAACUCAUGUGCGUCAGCCAAGAGUACUGCGAAAGCCACCUCGAUCUUCUGCUCGUCAUCCUUGAGCGCAGCCAAGACGCCAUCGUUCGAAGCAAUCUUGUCAUUGCUCUUGGUGAUAUGGCUGUCUGCUUCAACCACUUGGUCGAACAAGACACCGAGUUCCUGUACCGCCGUCUCGACGACAAUGAUCAGAGUGUCAAGCGGACGUGUCUCCAGACCCUGACCUUCCUCAUCUUGGCUGGUCAGGUCAAAGUCAAGGGUCAGCUUGCGGAGAUGGCUAAGUGUAUUGAAGACAGCGAUAAGAAAAUCACAGAAAUGGCCCGCAUGUUCUUCAGCGAACUUGCUACGAAGGACAACGCCAUUUACAACCAGUUUGUGGACAUGUUCAGUACUCUCAGUGCCGACACUGCGCUCAAUGAAGAUACAUUCAGGCGCAUCAUCAAGUAUCUGGCUGGAUACAUCGAGAAGGAGAAACAAGCUAAACAGCUCUCCAACAAGCUUGCUGCACGUCUGCCCCGCGCUGAGAAUGAGCGACAAUGGCGUGAUGUCGAGUACACGCUGGGCUUCCUCCAGCACAAGGACGAAGAGAUUCAGAAGAUGCUGUCCGAGGGCUUCAAGGUCGUCCAGGCAUCGGCGUAG